AGGGAACAGACAGAUACUGACGCAGAGCCAGAGCAGAAACAGCAGAACAACGAUGACGCGCACCCAGGGGUAUCCAAGCAGGUAGUUGUGUCGUUACCUGGCCGCGUCACAUGAACAACAUGGCGUGUUAUGGGGGCUUCACAGCGAAGCCGUUACGUCGCAGAUUUGAUGACAGGACCAAUGGAGAAAUGUACGUGUUUGUCUCCCCGAGUACCGGCACCGACAUCCCACGGGACUGUACAGCACGUUAUAACUCCUGACAUUAUUCCAAAGGCUGGAGAUCGAGGAGACGCGCUAUUCCAUGGCUUCGCAGAUUCAGAUCCGUUAGGGGCGCCGCAAGAAGUACGCUGUUGCACGAUCACUUGAGGCUCUUUGCUGAAGAGACAACACUUCAUGGAUUUCGCUACAUGGCAUCGCCCAAAAGUUGGUUUGCAGAAAGGUUGCUGUGGGCUGCAGUGUGUAUUGUAUGCAUUACUGUGGCUGUCAUCAUGAUGAAGAUAGUGUGGAACAGGUUCAAUGAGAGUCCCACUGUCACAAAUGUGGAAACGACCAAUUACCCCAUCUGGAACAUCCCCUUUCCCGCUGUCACACUCUGCAACAACAACAAGGUCUACCAACCUGCAGCCAUUAAACUUGCUGAAAACCUAAGCACACAGCUACAUCUGAACUACUCUGUUGUGUUGGAAGUGCUAAGAAUGUUGCCAGCACUGAUCAAUCCCAGGAAAAUAGAUCUCCAGCAGGCACACAUGGCUCAGGACAUGCUGUUCAGGGCAGGGUAUAACAUCACUGACCUUAUGUUAGAGUUGGCGCCACCAUGCGAGGAGAUUUUGGUGAAAUGCAUAUGGCAGGAUGCCGAAAGCAACUGCUCUGAUCUGUUUCAAGUUUCCAAGUCUGUGCUGGGUGUGUGCUGUUCUUUCAACUAUCAUGGCAUUGAUGAGAAGCUGAGGAUUGCCAAAGAUGAAGAGGAGGCUAGAAUACAUUAUGCGUAUGGUGCCGGGCGGCAUGCAGGUCUGACUGUGGUCUUGAACACAGGACAGCUUGAAUAUUUUGCUCCACUGGAUCCUUUGUAUGGAAUACGGGCUGUGUUCCAUGACCCGGACGACUUUCCAGAUGCAGGCCUACAGAUGGCAUUAAUAGAACCUCAACGAUUGGUCUCAGUGAUGCUGGAAGCACAAGUUGUUGAGAGCAUGAGUGACGUCCGGUGGAUUAGCGUGCAGAACCGCCAGUGUUGGUUCGACGACGAAGUAGCUGUCGUGCACACGUCCCCCAAAUACAGCUAUUACAACUGCCUCACAGAGUGCCGCAUGAAGGCCUUUCAAGACAAGUGUGGUUGCAUACCCUUCUUCUACCCACUGUUCAAUGACAGCAGCCAUGUGUGCACACUGCAAGACACAGAGUGCCUGCGGCAGUACAGACGCAUGACCACUGGGUUGCACCCGUCUGGCAGACCUGCAUUUGGGGAAAUCUUCAGCAAGAAUGAGACAGAAGGCAUGAACUGUACCUGCCUGCCUCAGUGCACAGACAUGUCAUACUCCAUCAUCACAGAGAUUGCAGUCCUAGAACCCAAGUUUGUGAAGUUUGAAUCCGUGUUGAAACAGGUUUCCAAUUCUAGUAUAAUGAGUGUAUUCUUUCGAGAUAUCACAUGUAUGAAGUAUGCACGUGAUGCUUACAUGACAUGGGAUGCUGUAUUUGCUACUUUUGGUGGAAUCUUUGGCCUCUGCAUGGGCGGAAGCAUAAUUAGUAUCUUCGAAAUUAUCUAUCGGAUCUUUCUUCUGGUGAUUGCUACAACCAAAACGUUACUCCGCCGUUGCAAACAGAAGCCACGAGAAAAUAUCGUGGUCCCAUGGAACAUCAAAGCAUUACCACCUCACCAUGCAGAACUGUUGUUCCCUGGAAUAAGACAUAAGAAUAUUUGACAAUGUAUAUUACACGUUAGGUGUUAAAGAAACAGUCCAAACUGAGCACAGGAAGUAAACAGAAUAAAAGAAACAAGCCUGUGUUACCAGUACAAUAAGAAUGGAAUCUUAGGACAUUAAGUUACUGUUGUUUCAGAAGCUCACCCGUAAUUUAUCUGAUGAAUUUACAAAUUUUACAGUCUGCAUGGAUGGAGGUUUAAAAGAAACCCAUACCAUACAAAAAGACUCAUUAGUCUGGUGAUAACUUCCAAGUCUGUUUGCAGUUCUGCCUUAUUUUAUGGCUCAUAUUCAUAUGCAUAUCAAUCUUCCUCAUUCAGAAGCAAAUGCAGGGAAAUCCCAUCCAACACAUUUCAGCAAUUCGGUAUGUCUGAUUCCAGUGGUCAGCAUUUCUUUGAAGCAAACAAAGAUUUGCAAUUCCAGUAUACUGUGAUAAAUAAAUAUUUUGUCUCAAGAAAAAUUUAUUUUUCAGUUCCUGUACAUUGUCUGCAGUUGAUAUCUUUUGUAAUUAUAGCUGGGCCAUCUACCUGAACAUCAGCAAAACUUUCCUUGCUCAAUUGAUGAAGUGGUUGAAAUAUCCUUCCCUGGUUUUUAUUUAAAAAUAAAUUUUGGUGACUGGUAAAAGUCUACUGAGUUGGCCGAAUGUUAGAGCUAGUCCCUAUCCCUGGAGAUAAAAACUAGCUCUAUCGACCGGGCCCAGCGCAGUAGGCUUUUCAUAUGCGGAGGGAGACGGAGAGUGCAGCGUCUGAAACAUUGUCGCUAAAUAAAAACGAUGAUGAAUAAUGUCCGAAAAGUUGAUAAUUUUAUCAAAAUUUUCAAUUCAAAAUCUUUGUAAGAUUUCGAGAACAACCUGAAGUUCAAAUUUUUCAUAAAUUGAAGAACUUUAAAAUAUUUGUAGCUUUUAAAUUUUUUAAAAAAAUCAAAUGGUAGGUUGAUUCAUCGUAGUGUAACGUGCCAGUGAUGUAACAUUACCCAGCGUGGCCCAUCUUUUCCCAGAUUUGUGCAUGAAUGAGCAAUGGCUUCAUGCGUGAACCUAAACCAGUACCACGGUCUUUACAAGCUUUGCCUGAAUGGGUAACCCAGUGUUACCAAGUUCAGUCUGAAUCUGCAGAUGCAUGCACAGUUGUCUAAUGUGCCAACCUAACCCAGUCCUGGCCAGUUUAAUGAAGGUUUACCCAAAUGGGCAAGUAAAUGCAUAGUGGCCUAAUGCUCAAAUCAAACUAAACAUGUAACCUAAUAUAUAAACCCGAUUAACUCCAUUAUUAAUAAUGUCUCAGAUUUUCAGUUUUUUUCAUGUCUGUAUAUUUUUGAAAACUGCAAAACAUUGCAAAUAGGACACGUACCUAUGCACUUUUUUCCUUAGAGUGACUGAUGGUAUGACCUCCCACAAUAUUGACCUUUCCUCCUAAGAUAUCCUGUUUUUAUUUGUUAUAUUUUCUUAUUUCAUUUUAAUCGAUUCAUGUUACUUCUUUGUAUACUGUGGAAAAAAUAACAGGAAAUGAUAAACAAGAACAAGAAGAUGAACUUAACAAAUGCGGAACAUAAAUAAUGAAACAGAAUAUGUAUUCUUGUUUGAGGAAUUGAUAUUCUCUGGUUUACUGGUGCUGUCUUUUCUUGUGUAAAAGUGUUAUGUAUGUGAAUUGUCAGAAAAUUGAAGUGUUACUGCUUGUUAUGCAUUUUGUAAUAUUCUAAAGUAAAUUAAAAACAAUGUUUUGCGUAGCUUCGAAGUGUACGUUGUAAGAUGGAGUACAAAUAUGCAUGAUGGAAAUAUUUUUCAUUCCAAGUUACCCCAUCUUCAACUGUCCAAAGCACUAACGAUAAUUUUAAGAUGGUGCAGUUGAUUCCAGUAAAGUGGAUGUUCUUUGUAUUGGACUGCUGAGAAGCGUUCUCCUAAUGGGUAUGAAAACAGUGAUAUUGGUUAAACCACUUAUGCUCAUUUUUGAACUGGGUAUAUACAUGUGCAGUGCAACGGACUGCGAACGUUUAAAUCGAUAAAUCCUCGUUUAUUGGCAGGGUAGUAGUUCUGGAGAAGAUGAUAGAUGGCAUGCAUAUUUCUGAGUCUUAAGCAGUGGGCAUCGUUUUCGUAAGGGUUCAAUUUCUAUAAUUCAAAAUACUUGGUUUUUAAUUGGUUCCUCCAGUGUCUCUGUUAAGAUGACUGAUUUAUGUACUACAGUUGUACCUUUUCAACAACGUUAACUAAGACUACUAUACUUUGGUACAUAUCACACGAAAUAAAAUUCAUGCGUACAUGUUGGUAUUACCGAUUACGGUAGUAGGCGUUGGUUUUUGAGUGGUUGUCUGGUGGUUGAAUUUUUUUCAUAAUUUCACAGAAUUAAUACGAGUAUUGUUAGAAAUCUGUGUUCUGAAGGAAUAUAUACAGUUUCUGCAUACGCGGUUUAAGUUUAUUAUAUGUUCCACUGGUAUAUAUUCUGGAGCUAAUAUUGUUUUUUUCGUCUAACCUGACAUCACUGCAACAGAUAUGAAUAGUCGGUACAUUGGUCUUGGUGUCAAGACUGACUGCCGAAAUUUCCCUGAAAAGAUUCAUAGCAACAGAAUCUGUCCGUUUUAAGGAAUUUGUUAAAAUAUGACAGUACAUG